GCCCGGACCCAGCGGCCUACCUAGCACAGCGUCCUCGGCCCGUCGCCGGCGGGUCGCCGCAUGUCCUGCGCCCGCGAACCCCCAGAACGGGCCGGAGAGGGCUGAACUCGGCAGCCGGUCAGCACUGAGGCCCGGCCCCCGGAUGAACUACUUGAAGACCAGGCUUCCUCCCCCGAGCGGGAUCCUCGGAGAGGAGAAAUCGCAAUGGGGAUUACGAUUAGGGAUGUGGUACUGGAAAGAUGACACCAAAACUCUGGAAUUCAGAAGUUUUGUACCUGCGAUAGAAAACAGGGACAAAGGAAAGAAAGGCAAAGGAGUUCACUUUGCUGAAAUGGAUGGCCCCGCGACGGAAAGGUUGACAGAUAAACGGCAUGCUUCUAGAGAGGACAAGUCAACCAAAGCCCUGGAGAAACGAAGCCAGCAGGGGACUGUCACGCUGGACGAUGUUAAGUUUGUUGCUUUGCUUUCAUUAGAAGCUACUGAGAUGCAGCGGAUCUGUUCUUUUACCACAUUCCUGAGAAAUAAGAAUCUUGAUGGUUUCCUCAUGGCAUUAUUAUACUAUUUAUCUCAUUACUUGGAAAAAAACUCACUGGAAAAGAAACCCAAAAGCUACAUGGUGGGCCUAGUAGAGAAAAAAGAGAUGGAGCUGGUUUUGAGUAAGUUGGAAGCAGCCCAGAAAUACUUGGCAAAGAAAUACUGUUUCCUGGUGCUGGGCCUUGGCAUGCCGGACAAGCAUCACAUGGCCUGUGGAAAGGAAAAAAUAUCAGACACACAAAAAGACUGGAAAUUCUUUGAGUCCUUUUAUACUUUCUGUACACACGUAGCUUGGAUUGUCUUCCGACGUCAAAAUUUGAUAGAGAUUGAAGAUGAAGUCGGAAGGCUUUUCCGUAGCAACAUGUUCAACAUUUCUCGAAGAAAGCGUGAAGAUGCACAAUUGGGAGGAGAAAAGAAACGCAUGACUUUGGUACAAUUCAGGAGAAUGAUGGCAAAACGCCCAGCAAUUAAAAAGGCCAUGGACAUGCGCUCUCCAGUCAUGUCUACCCUGCUACCAUCUCUCAGAGAGAAAGCUCAGCAUAUCAUUGAGAGAAAGUACCAGGCAGGCACCAAACCCCCAGCCCACGCACCCAAGCACAUGCUAAGUCCGGACUCUGUGCCCAUGCCAGUAGUUGGCAUCCUGGGGGAGCCUCGAUAUAUGUUCAACCUGCAUACCCUCACCCCCCUUGAUCCGGAAGAGAAUGUGAAGCCAUCGGGAAGAAAUGCUUCCCUGAUAGAGAGAAAUAACCUGCGGGUGCAGGAGUUCCUGGACACGGCCCUGUGGACCCUAUCCUUCCAAAACCCCAAGUGACGCAGCGCAUCCCCCCCCCCCAACGGGUCCCACAGUUGAACUCAACUACUUUACCAGAUUAAUGUAAGACUACUACUUGUUAUUAUUAUUAAAAUAUCCUUAAGAUUGUUCAAAUUCUUUUUGGCCCAAAUUAUUUUGUUGAAAGUUCAACAAUAUAGACUAU